GAGAAGCCGCGGCGGCGGCGGCGCGUCGGUGCAGUUGCGCCAUCUGUCAGGAGCGCAGCCGGCGGGGAGGGGGCUCCGCGGAGAGGAGGAGGGGUCGCCGUGCGCAGGGCCUCCGAGACCCGCCCGCUGGUCAAGAGCGCAGCGAGGCCGCCUCUAGCCGGAGCGUUCGGAGGACUCCCCCGGCGCACACAAAGCCGCCACCCGCGCCAGGGAGGGACCGGGCUGCCGGGCCGGGGACACCGGCGCCGCCCCCUCGGCGCUUCGCGAGGCCCACGAGCUCCUGGGCCCCGCCGCGGAGCCGCCGGAGCCGCCUGAGCCGCGCCGGAGGAGGGCGGGUAGAGGACCAUGUGAAUGUGCUCCGGAACCGAGCGCCACGCCACGCAGAGUCUGAAAGGAACAGGAUGCUGAUCUAGCUGUGGCAAAAACUCAGUCCGACCGCUGGUUUAGAAGACAUGUGGUGUAUAUAAAGUUUGUGAUAGUUGGUGGAAAUUUGGGAACUUGGAUAAUGGGCUGUGUGCAAUGUAAGGAUAAAGAAGCAGCGAAACUGACGGAGGAGAGGGACGGCAGCCUGAACCAGAGCUCUGGGUACCGCUAUGGCACAGACCCCACCCCUCAGCACUACCCCAGCUUCGGCGUGACCUCCAUCCCGAACUACAACAACUUCCACGCAGCCGGGGGCCAGGGACUCACCGUCUUUGGGGGUGUGAACUCUUCCUCUCACACUGGGACCCUACGCACGAGAGGAGGGACAGGAGUGACACUGUUUGUGGCACUUUAUGACUAUGAGGCACGCACGGAAGAUGACCUGAGUUUUCACAAAGGAGAAAAAUUUCAAAUAUUGAACAGCUCGGAAGGAGACUGGUGGGAAGCCCGCUCCCUGACAACUGGGGAAACUGGCUACAUUCCUAGCAAUUAUGUGGCUCCAGUCGACUCCAUCCAGGCAGAAGAGUGGUACUUUGGAAAACUUGGCCGCAAAGAUGCUGAGAGACAGCUCCUGUCCUUUGGAAACCCAAGAGGUACCUUUCUUAUCCGCGAGAGUGAAACCACCAAAGGUGCCUACUCACUUUCCAUCCGUGAUUGGGACGAUAUGAAAGGGGACCAUGUCAAACAUUAUAAAAUCCGCAAGUUGGACAAUGGUGGCUACUACAUCACCACGCGGGCCCAGUUCGAGACACUCCAGCAGCUUGUUCAACAUUACUCAGAGAGAGCCGCAGGUCUCUGCUGCCGCCUAGUAGUUCCCUGUCACAAAGGGAUGCCAAGGCUUACCGAUCUGUCUGUCAAAACCAAAGAUGUCUGGGAAAUCCCUCGAGAAUCCCUGCAGUUGAUCAAGAGACUGGGAAAUGGGCAGUUUGGGGAAGUAUGGAUGGGUACCUGGAAUGGAAAUACAAAAGUAGCCAUAAAGACUCUUAAGCCAGGCACGAUGUCUCCGGAGUCCUUCCUGGAGGAGGCGCAGAUCAUGAAGAAGCUGAAACAUGACAAGCUGGUGCAGCUCUAUGCCGUCGUGUCCGAGGAACCCAUUUAUAUCGUCACGGAGUACAUGAACAAAGGAAGUUUGCUUGACUUCUUAAAAGAUGGUGAAGGACGAGCCCUGAAGUUGCCGAACCUUGUGGACAUGGCAGCACAGGUUGCUGCAGGAAUGGCUUACAUCGAACGCAUGAAUUAUAUCCACAGAGACCUGCGAUCAGCAAACAUUCUAGUGGGGAACGGACUCAUUUGCAAGAUUGCUGACUUUGGAUUGGCUCGGUUGAUUGAAGACAAUGAGUACACAGCAAGACAAGGUGCCAAGUUUCCUAUUAAGUGGACAGCCCCUGAAGCGGCUCUGUAUGGAAGGUUCACAAUCAAGUCGGACGUGUGGUCUUUUGGAAUCUUACUCACAGAGCUGGUCACCAAAGGAAGAGUACCAUACCCAGGCAUGAACAACCGGGAGGUGCUGGAGCAGGUGGAGAGAGGCUAUCGGAUGCCCUGCCCACAGGACUGCCCAAUCUCCCUGCACGAGCUCAUGAUCCACUGCUGGAAAAAGGAUCCGGAAGAGCGCCCCACUUUCGAGUACUUGCAGGGCUUCCUGGAGGACUACUUUACUGCCACAGAGCCCCAGUAUCAGCCUGGUGAAAACCUGUGAGAGCCUGCGCUUCAGAGGCCUCGUCCAGAGGUCUCCCCACCCUCCCCAUUAGCUUCCAAUUCCGUAGCCAGCUGCCCCAGGGCAGCAAGAACCGUCCAGGAUCAGAUUGCAUGUGACUCUGAAGCUGACGAACUUCCACGGCCCUCACUAAUGACACUUGUCCCCAGUCCUCACCUCCUCUGUGAACCAUCCGAGAGAGAAGCGUGUGAUUUCUCAGACUUGGAAAUGCAUUGUAUUGGUGUUAUGUCAAAGGCCAAACCUCCGUUCAGUGUAAAUAGCUGUUCCUGUGCCGACCAUCCCAGGGCUUUCCUUUUUUUUAAAAAAAAAAAAAGCAAAUCCUAUGUGAUUUUAACUCUGUCUUCACCUGAUUCAACUAAAAAAAAGUAUUAUUUUCCAAAAGUGGCCUCUUUGUCUAAAACAAUAAAAUUUUUUUUCAUGUUUUAACAAAAAAACGAUCA